AGCAGGGUGAGAUAUUCAGAGUCCCGGGCGGCGCGGCGCAGGCCGCUGGAUAAAGCGGAGGAGGAGACGGCGGUCCGUGCGGUUUGAGCUCAGGAUCUCAGGACGGGAACAUGUGAGCAGGGAAUGGGCGACUGGAAACAGGAUUAUUGUUCUACACAGCAGAGAGACGCAGGAGGGGCCCGGGACAGGAAAGACACGGGGACACUGUGACACAUCCAAGGAGACUUUCUUUUUUAAUUUUUUUUUUUUUUUUUUUUUUUUUUUUUUUUUUUUUUUUUUGUUGCUCAUCCAUUUAAGAGAAAUUUGGAGGAAUAAUCAGGCCCCAAAGAUGAACACCAUCGUGUUUAAUAAGCUGAGCAGCCAGGUCCUGUUCGAGGAGAAGGCGAAAGAGGUGGAAAUGAGCAGCAGAAAUUAUCUAGAAGUCAUCGACGGGCAACAUCCAGACCUCCUCUCCAGCAACCAGACCAUCAGAGACAACCAGGCCAUCAGACACAGGCGGAGCGGGGGUCGUCCCAGCGGUGGUAAAGUGCGACACAAGCGCCAGGCCCUGCAGGACAUGGCGAGGCCGCUCAAGCAGUGGCUGUACAAACACAGAGACAACCCGUACCCGACCAAGACAGAGAAAAUCCUGCUGGCCCUUGGCUCACAAAUGACCCUGGUUCAGGUCUCCAAUUGGUUUGCGAAUGCCAGGAGGCGACUGAAGAACACGGUGAGGCAGCCAGAUCUGAGCUGGGCGCUCAGGAUCAAGCUCUACAACAAAUAUGUUCAGGGCAACGCGGAGAGGCUGAGCGUCAGCAGCGACGACAGCUGCUCAGAAGAUGGAGACAACCCUCAGAGGACACAGAGCGGCCCAGAGGAGCUCAACAAGCCCAUGUACCAGAGCGUGAUCAAGAAGGAAGGCUCCUCCAUGGUGGGCAUGGCCAUGGGGAUGGGUAUGGGUAUGGGUAUGGGCGCGGGGCUGCGCUCGGCCGCCGAGGCCGCCUCACUUGCUGAGGACUACGUGUCUCCACCCAAGUACAAGAGCAGCCUGCUCCACCGCUACCUGAACGACUCGCUGCGUCACGUCAUGGUGGCCAACGCCGUCAUGGACGCUCGCAAGAGGAACCACUCCGGCUCCUUCAGCUCCAACGAGUACGACGACGAGCUGCUCUCGCCGUCUUCCUCCGAGGCUGAGGCAAACUUUGUUUAUCGGACUGAAACUACAGACCAUGGAUCAAGUAAAUGUGACAAUGGCGGUGGUGGCGUCGGAGCUGUGCAGAAGGAGAAGGUGAAGGGCAAAGACGAGACGUACUGGAGGGAGAUCAACGCCGCCAUGGCCCUGACCAACUUGGCGCAGGGGAAGGACAGCGCCUCCGGGACCACCAGCUGCAUCAUCCAGAAAUCCUCCCAUAUAGCAGAGAUCAAGACUGUUAAAGUGCCGCUGAUGCAGAAAUAUUAGCCCUGACGUCAUCCUCCCAACUCUCUAUGCAAACCAGCAAACAUUCCUGUUUCAGCAAACUUGCCGGAGUCCAAAUAAACUCCCCCUUUGAGAGAAUGAAAAGAGAACUGUUGUUUGAGGAAAGGGGGGGUGUUUGAGGCGAGGAAGUGUGGAACAAAAAGAGAACUCAUUCUUUUUGGUUGUUAUUGGUGUCUUAAAAAAAAAAAGUGCAAAAGAGGCCUUGACCAUCAUUUUCUUUGCUGGGUUGAUGUGCAAGUGUUGAUGAUAGUUUCACUGCAGUAUUUCCUAAAACAAGAUACUUUUGUAAUGUUAACUUAUUUUUGAUGAGUCUGACUUUUUUUUUUCUUCUUCUUCUUCUUCUUCUUUUUUUUACGCUAAGAAAAUUUGUAUUUUGCCAAAGUGCCUUUGUUAUUUAGACGAAUAACUCACCGACUGUGGUCAAUGCAAAGUACAGAUACUGAGGUGCCUCUGAAAUUUGUGAAGGAAUAUUUGACUAAGUUUAGAGCGGCAGUCAUGAUUCAGGAUUUGUUUUUUGUGAAUGAAAACUCCCCACAACAGCCCGUGCCUUAAGGACUGAAUGAGCUCACCAUCGGAGGCAUCGAUGAACUCAAAUAGCACACUCACAAGCGGAUACACAGUCUCGUAGAAAAUACCCAGCAGUAUUUCCCCAGUGACAUUGUUCUUGUUUUGACUGGAGUCUUCAUUUUGACUGUAAACUGAACACUGUUUCCCGUAGCUGGCAGGCCAACAACAACUGUUGCAUACGUAGAUAAGUUGCCCUAACGUGAGCAGCAGAUUGAUAAGCAGCCGGCGUUCUCCACCGUGUCCACAUCUUGGCCUUGGAUUUCAUUAACCAGCGAAGGAUUCCUUUCUUAUCUGAGCUUUUGAGUUGCUGAAACGUGCACGAACGCUCAGCUGGACCCUAAUGAAGUCACGUUCACCCACUCAGCGACACACAUGUACGCAGAUCUAACAGACACGCUUUAAGGUUCAGUACAGUAUCUAACAGAAGAAGAAUGCCAUGACCUAAAAGGGAUGUUUUUGCUUUGCAUUAUCAGUGUUUUAUGUGGACAGUGUUGCCUUUUCACAUGUUUGUGCUCAGAACAAGAUAGUCUGGAGUGAACGAAAGAGAAAAGCCACCACCAGCUCCCCCAGCCGUUUGAUCCUCAGCCCUCUCAGCUGUUUAGCAUUACAUUCAAAUUGCUGUUUACAAGAAGCCAGAGGAUAGACUUAAAAGUUUGACUUUCUCCCCCUCGCUUUUCUUUUUUUUUCCUGUUUGUCUUCAAAAAUACAUUCCAGUAUUAUCUAUUUGUCAGCCAAGCAAGUGUUCAGAGUAUCUGUUAUUGUCAGUCUGUAUAUGUGUGGUUGUUUUUUUGUUUUUGAUCAAAACUUUGUACUUGGUUUCACUUAACCGUACCGCAUUAAGAGCUUCUUUUGUCAUCCAAUGGAAAGAAUCUCCGUUAUAGAAAGUAUGUACGGUGCAUAUGUUAUAAACGUUUGCGGUGAACGAUGCCAAGUUCACAAACUGGGGGGGAAAUCAAGUUGGGCUUAUGGAAGAAACUGCAGUUGGCUCUCCAUGCUGACUUUUUAAUUGUAUGUAUAUCUUCAAGGUACUGUUUAUGUGUGUCGAUGUACACUCCUUCAUAAACUUCAUAAAUGGUGCAGUUUUUAUUUUUUGGACAACCCAGACUGUACUUCUGGUCAAGAACUUUGAGAGGGAGUGAAGCUGCACAAAGUGACUUUUUGACCUUUUUUUUAUAUGUCUUGAAUGUGCAAACUGUUAAAAAAAAGAAGCUGCACUUACAUUUCUUGGUUUUCAAUCAGAAAACACACAGCCUCCAUUGAGAACUUUUGGAUGAAUGUGUUUUUACAUGAAGGUGAAGAGAAGGAAAAGAAAUGAAGGACAACCCUAUAUUAUUCCUGUUAGCGUGCCUAUGGAAGUAUAAUGAAAUCAAUCGCACUAGCCAAUCCCCAGGCACUAUUUGCUUAUGCAGUGGGGGUUGUGGUCUCCCACAUGUGU